AUGGACCCUAAGGAGAAAGUUACCUUAGAAGCACUACAAGGAAUGUUACAGAAGAUGAUGUUACAACAAGAGGACAUGAGGAGUGAAAACCGUAAUGUCCAAGAAAGGUUGGAAAGGUUGGAACAAGGUACCCCUAGCCGUGGCAAGAUAAGAGACACAAAACGUAGCCUCUUUGAUGAUUUAGAAGGGGAGAUUGAAGAAGAAGGAUCUACACGUUCCAACAAAGGCAAAUCAAAAGAUGGGAAUUUAGGUUCAAUCAAAAUGAAGAUUCCAGCUUUCCAUGGUAAAAAUGAUCCAAAGGCAUAUCUAGAGUGGGAGAAGAAGGUAGAGCGUGUAUUUGAGUGCCAUAACUACACCGAAGAGAAGAAGGUGAAAUUGGCAGCCGUUGAAUUCACCGACUAUGCUAGUGUAUGGUGGGAUCAAUUUACCUCGACUAGGCGCAGAAGCGGAGAAGGUCCUAUUUCUUCAUGGUUUGAGAUGAAAACAAUCAUGAGGAAGAGAUUUGUACCACAACACUACUAUAGGGAGCUGUACAAUCGAUUACAAAGGUUGAAUCAAGGAUCCAAUAGUGUUGAAGAAUAUCACCAAGAGAUGGAGAUGGCCAUGAUUCGAGCCAACAUUGAGGAGGAUAGGGAAGCUACUAUGGCACGUUUUCUUUCAGGUUUGAACCGUGAUAUUGCUAACCUUGUUGAGUUGCAUCAUUAUGUAGAUUUUGAGGAUAUGGUACACAUGGCAACCAAGAUUGAAAAACAACUAAGAUCAAAAACCAAGGCUAUUUCGACCCCAACAUCAUGGAAGCCGAAUUGGAAAGGGAACAAGGGAGGUGAUGCAAAUACAAAUAAGGGCAGAUCUGAUCAAAGCAAAAAUAAAGAGCUCACUACACCAAAAAUGCAACCAAAGGAUGACAAAUCCAAGGGUAAAUCACGUGAUAUACAAUGCUUUAGGUGCUUGGGAUACGGACAUAGAGCUGCACAAUGUCCAAAUGCAAAGGUGAUGACCUUACGCAAUGGGGAGGUGGUGAGUGAAGAUGGGAGCGAGGAUGAUGAUGACUUGAGUGAUAUACCACCAUUGGAGGAUGUUUCAGAAGAAGAGGGUGAUGAACCAGCCCCUAAAGGACCAAUUUUCAUGUUGGUUGCAAGGCGUGCUCUAAACAUGCAAGCUAAGGAGGAUGAGGUUUUAUGUGAUGUAGUACCUAUGCAUGCUAGUCACAUAUUAUUGGGACGCCCUUGGCAAUAUGAUAGGCGUGUUAUACAUGAUGAUCGAUAUUCAUUCAACAUGAAUGGUAGACAUGUCAACUUGUUACCUAUGACGCCUAAAGAAGUAUACGAAGAUCAAAAAACUUCGAGUGAAUGUGAGAGUGCACAUGGAAAAGAAAAGAUGCACAAGCAAAAGGAGAGCUGUGAGAAAAGCCAAGAGAGGUGUGCAAAUAGAGAGGAAAAAGGAGAGCAAGUAGAGAGGAUGCGCAGUGAGAAAAAAAUUCAUGAGAGUGCGCAUGCAAAAGGAGAGAAUAGUAUGCAAAGAGUGGCAAAAAAAGAGGAAUUUGAAGAUUUGUUUCCUGAAUCCAUGCCUGAUGGUUUGCCGCCAUUGAGGGGGAUAGAACAUCAAAUUGACUUCAUUCCUGGAGCACAAAUUCCAAAUCGCCUAGCUUAUAGGAGCAAUCCCGAAGAAACAAAGGAGUUACAACGUCAAGUGGAUGAGUUGUUGUCAAAAGGGUUGAUUAAAGAAAGCAUGAGCCCAUGUGCCGUUCCUGUUCUAUUGGUGCCAAAAAAGGAUGGAUCAUGGCGUUAUGUUGUUAGCGAGCAUGGUAUUGAGGUUGAUAAUGAAAAGGUUAAGGCUAUUGAAUCUUGGCCUACACCUAAAAACGUUGGGGAUGUUCGAAGUUUCCAUGGCUUAGCUAGUUUCUAUAGGCGUUUUGUGCAUGAUUUCUCUAGCAUAGCCGCCCCUUUGACAGAAGUUAUUAAAAGGAAUGUUGGUUUUAAGUGGGGUGAUGAACAAGAUAGUGCGUUUAAUAUGCUUAAAUCUAAGUUAAUUUCUGCUCCUAUUCUUGCUUUGCCUAACUUUGAUAAAACUUUUGAGAUUGAAUGUGAUGCUUCGGGAGUGGGAAUUGGUGUUGUUCUUUUGCAAGAGGGCAAGCCAAUUGCAUACUUUAGUGAAAAAUUGAAUGGCGCAGCAUUGAACUACUCAACAUAUGACAAGGAAAUGUAUGCAUUAGUGAGGGCAUUAGAGACGUGGCAACACUACCUUGUGCCUAAAGAGUUCGUCAUCCAUACCGACCAUGAAAGUUUGAAGUAUUUGAAAGAUUUAUCUCCUUUACCUUUGGAAGAGCGUGUUAAUUUUGAUGGUGCUAAGAAGGUAGAAUUUGUGCGCAAUUUCCAUGAGAAAGUGAGGCAAAACAUAGAUAAAAGGAACCAACAAGUGGCGAACCAAAGGAAUCAAGGGCGUAAGAAGUUGGUUUUUGAGCCUGGCGAUUGGGUGGAGAUUCGAGGUCGAAUCCUUUUGAGGAAGGGGGGAGUGAUGCGAAUGAUCAAGGGAUAA